AUGACUUUACUACGAGUUGGCGGCGUGCCCGAGCCUUUCAACGAGAUUUUUAUGCAAGCCCAGGAGGGCGCUCUCCCGUCCACGAAGUUACAGGUUGAGUUUCUGGGGGUUGCAGGUGGCAGCGGUGCCGCGCUCGAAAUGUUGGCGAAGUGCGAGUUAGACGUAGCGGUUACACUUACCGAGAGCGCUGUGGCACGCACAAAAGCAGCUGCCUCUGGGCUCGCUGUGCACUCUGUAUACGUUGCUUCUCCUCUAGCCUGGGGAGUCGCAGUGAGUUCCAAGAAAACCGACUGGACUGAUCUGAAUAGCUUGGAUGCGGCCGUGCUUCGCGGAGAAAGCAUCCGAGCGGGAUUCUCCCGAAGGGGCUCCGGAAGCCAUCUACUUCUUUCUGUUUUCGCUAGUGAUCGUGGCUGGAUCUCUACAGGUAUUCAAAAUGAUAUACUAAAGAGCUUCGAAUGCGGAAGUUUCGAUGGUCUGAUACAGGCCGCAGUUGCCGGUGACAUCGACAUGUUCCUCUGGGAAACGUGUUUCACAAAGGAGUGUGCAGCUACACGACAGGGUCUGAUUCGCCUUGUCGGCGAAUAUGCGCCUUCAUGGCCGGCUUUUGUGCUUGUUUGUCGAGAUGAUGCACAUGUAAGAGCCGCCGUAUCGGAACUAAAGCGUGAGAUUGAGCCCUUACAGAGAAAGUUUUGCACAGGUGAAGGCUUGGAUAUUCUGCAGAACAAGUAUGGCUUUUCAUUAGAAUCAGCGAAACUCUGGCUAUCGAGGCUGCAAUUCGCUGAGCCCGACGAGGCACUAAGCGCAGAGCAAUGGCGGAGCGUAGAGCGCGCCCUUGAACUCACGGCCGGUUCACGCUCGUCUAGUAGAUAA